CUGUUGUUAGCUGACAGGAGUGGCACCUGGUGUGGUCUUCUGCUGCUGUAGCCCAUCUGCUUCAAGGUUGGACAUGUUGUUGGUUCAGAGAUGGUCUUCUGCAGACUUUGGUUGUAACCAGUGGUCAUUUGAGUUACUGUUGCCUUUCUAUCAUCUUGAACCAGGCUGGCCAUUCUCCUCUGACCUCUGGCAUCAACAAGGCAUUUUCACCCAGAGAACUGCUGCUCACUGGAUAUUUUCUCUUUUAGGGACCAUGCUCUGUGAACCCUAGAGAUGGUUGUGCGUGAAAUCCCAGUUGAUCAGCAGUUUCUGAAAUACUCAGACCAGCCCAUCUGGCACCAACAACCAUGCCACGUUCAAAGUCACUUCAAUCACCUUUCUUCCCCGUUCUGAUGCUCGGAUUGAACUUCAGAUCGUCUUGUCACAUGGUCUUUGCAACUUAGAUGCUGAAUCACACUCAGAGACUGCAGGCUGAUCUGUGUGGAGAAUAAAAAUGCAUCUGAGGAUCGUGUGUGCUGCGCCAAGCCCCUCUCUACCCUGGGCAAGAGUUAAUUUAUCUUUGAAGCUAGUAAAUAAGGCUUGAUGUGAGCAGAUAAUGAAAUACACAGUCCACACAAUAUGUGCAGUCAGAAAUAGCUUUCCUAGAACAUAAAAGGUUCAGUAGUGGAAAACAGAAAAAACCUACAGAAUAUGGCAAUCUUAUACAAAUAGAAAAAAAUGGAUGCAGCUGCUGAGUCAGCUACUCCACCCAUGAAUCCCCCGUCCCCACUGUGGUGAUAACUGUGAGACAGACACAGGUGGACAUGUGCUGGUAUUGAACAUACAAACAGGCACCAUAUCAGCAGAAGGGGCCUGAGGGUAUAAAAGAGAAGUGGGCAGAAGACUCCAGUGCAGAAAGUUUCAGGAGACUGCAGACAUGCUCAGGUUUCUUGUGUUUACCUCGCUCGCAGCCCUCGUGCUGGCUGAGCUGACGCCCGAGCCCAGAUACCUGGAGGAUGACAGUGUUGAGGAGAGAGUUGUGGGAGGCGAGGUGGCCAGACCAAACUCCUGGCCCUGGCAGAUCUCUCUUCAGUUCAAAUCCGGCAGCAACUUCCACCACACCUGUGGAGGAACCCUGAUCAGGAGAGGAUGGGUCAUGACCGCUGCUCACUGUGUGGACAGGUCCAGGACUUGGCGUGUUGUUCUUGGAGAUCACAACAUCAACUCUCACGAGGGCAAAGAGCAGUACAUGAGCGUGAGCCGCGUCUACAUCCACCCCAGGUGGAACUCCAACAACGUUGCUGGAGGGUGGGACAUCGCCCUGCUGCGUCUGUCCACUGAAGCUUCUCUCAACAACAACGUCCAGCUCGGCGCCCUGCCUCCCUCUGGUCAGGUCCUGCCCCACAACAACCCAUGCUACAUCACUGGAUGGGGUCGCACCCAGACCGGAGGUCAGCUGUCUGCUCAGCUGAAGCAAGCCUACCUGCCUGUUGUCGACCACAGGACCUGCUCCAGCUACGGAUGGUGGGGCAGCACCGUGAAGGACUCCAUGGUCUGUGCUGGUGGUGGCAGGGACUCCGGUUGCCAGGGUGACUCCGGCGGCCCCCUGAACUGCAGUGUCAACGGCAAAUGGGUUGUCCACGGUGUGACCAGCUUUGUGUCUUCCUCCGGCUGCAACGCCAACAAGAAGCCCACCGUCUUCACCCGUGUCUCUGCCUACAUCAGCUGGAUGGACAGCAUCAUGGGUUGAGAAGAGCGAUCUCCAUGGUGACGGGAGCACACUCUGGAUUCAUCUCAGGUUCUGCACAACUCCAUCAGAAUAAAAUGUCC